AACACAAGAAUACCCGACAAUAGCUUCGCUCUCGCAAUUAUCGCUCAGUGGCAGUAAUAAUUCUAAGAUAGCAGACCAUAUUGUUCCCUUCUCAUUCGUCAUUAUCGCUCCCAACACAUUGUCCCGCCUAACUAAUAUGAGUUUCAACGUCUGUGACUUAUGAUAGCAAGGCAUUGAUCAUCAAUGGCAAAAGGAGAAUCUUGCAGUCAGGGUCCGUGCAUUACCCGCGCACUACACCAGAUGUAUGGCCAGAAAUCAUUAGGAAGGCAAAGGAAGGAGGACUGGACGUGAUAGAGACUUAUGUAUUCUGGAAUUACCAUGAACCUGUGAGAGGAGAGUACUAUUUUGAAGGUAGGUUUGACCUAAUACGGUUCGUGAAGGAAGUGUAUAAAGCAGGUCUCUUUGUGCAUUUGAGAAUUGGACCUUAUGCUUGUGCGGAGUGGAACUAUGGGGGAUUCCCAAUUUGGUUGCAUUUCAUUCCUGGAAUUCAAUUUCGCACGAAGAAUGAUCUUUUCCAGGGAGAAAUGGAACGCUUUCUUGCCAAAAUAGUUGACAUGAUGAAGGAUGAGAAUCUAUUUCUAUCACAAGGAGGGCCCAUUAUUCUUGCACAGGUGGAAAACGAAUAUGGGAAUGUUGAAGCGGCUUAUGGAGUAGAUGGAGCAUUAUAUGUCAAAUGGGCUGCAGAAACAGCUGUAGGUCUUAAUACUUCUGUUCCUUGGGUGAUGUGUGCACAGUGGGAUGCACCUGAUCCAAUCAUAAACACUUGUAAUGGAUUUUAUUGUGAUGGGUUUACUCCAAAUUCACCAUUCAAGCCAUCAAUGUGGACUGAGAACUAUGUUGGAUGGUUCCUGGCAUUUGGAUAUGCUGUUCCUUUCCGACCCGUUGAAGACUUGGCUUUUGCUGUUGCACGCUUUUUUGAAAGAGGUGGCACUUUCCAGAACUAUUAUAUGUAUUUUGGCGGCACCAACUUUGGUAGAACAGCAGGAGGACCUCUGAUUGCGACUAGUUAUGACUAUGAUGCUCCAAUAAAUGAGUAUGGUUUUAUCAAUCAACCAAAGUGGGGUCACUUACGUGACCUUCAUAUUGCAAUUAAGCAAUGUGAGGAUCAUUUGGUCAAUGCAAAUGCAACCCAAAUCUCUCUUGGUGAGAAUCUUGAGGCGCAUGUGUACUACAGAUCCUCCAAUGACUGUGCAGCCUUUCUUGCCAAUUAUGGUAGCUCUUCUGAUGCAACAGUGAAUUUCAGUGGGAAAUCUUACUUUCUUCCUGCAUGGUCCGUGAGCAUUCUUCCAGACUGCGUGAAUGUCGUGUUCAACACAGCUAAGGUUAUUUCACAAAUAACUCUUAAUGAUGAACCUUUCACUCGGAACAUCACCAUGCGUGAGUCUUCACUGUCAUCGGCAUCUUGGAGUUGGUACAAGGAAAAGCCAGGCAUUUGGGGUAACAGCUCCUUUGAGGCAUCGAGUUUGCUAGAACAGAUAAACACAACAAAAGAUACAAGUGAUUUUCUCUGGUAUACGAUAAGCAUAGAUGUUGAUGGCAACAACAAGCAAAAUCAGACCAAUGAAGUAGGUUUGCUUAUUGGGAGCUUGGGACAUGCAGCUAUUCUGUUUGUUAACAAGCAACUAGUAGCAUUUGGUUAUGGAAAUCAUGAUGAUGCCAGCUUCGUGUUGAGUGCUAAGGUUGACUUCCAUAGUGGAAGCAACAAAAUAGAAAUACUGAGUAUGAUGAUUGGUUUGCAGAAUUAUGGACCAUGGUUUGAUAUCCAAGGGGCAGGAAUACGUUCGGUUGUUCUGGCUGGAUUGCAGGAUUCAGAAAAGGAUCUAUCUUCUGCACAAUGGACCUAUCAGGUUGGACUUGAAGGCGAAUAUCUUGGACUUGAUAAUGUCUCGCUUGCAAAUAGUUCAUUAUGGACAGACGAAGGUGCAUUACCAAUCAAUCGCAGUUUGACAUGGUACAAGACGGCGUUCCUUGCUCCAGAAGGGAACGGCCCUGUAUCACUAAAUCUUUCCGGGAUGGGGAAAGGCCAAGCAUGGGUGAACGGUCUGAGCAUAGGGCGGUAUUGGUCUCAAUAUCUUUCACCGUCAAGUGGAUGCUCAGAGCCGUGUGACUAUAGAGGAACUUAUGACGCAUCAAAAUGUUUGAAGAAGUGUGGCCAACCUGCUCAAACUUUGUAUCAUAUUCCACGGUCUUGGUUACAACACAGUGAGAACUUACUUGUCAUCCAUGAAGAGCUUGGUGGCGACCCUAAGACCAUCUCUGUGGUUGCUCAAAUCGGGCAAGUAAUAUGUGGGCGCAUAUCAGAGGACCAUCUUCCACCGGCUGAUACUUGGGAACGAGGAGUAGGUUUUGUAUCCACAACACCACAACUUCGACUGGCCUGUGAAACAGGACAGCGGAUUGCUUCUAUUCGUUUUGCUAGCCUUGGGAACCCUCAAGGAAGUUGUGGAGCACACCGGCUAGGGAGUUGUCAUGCCGAUGUCUCAUCAUUUGUUAAGCAGGUAUGUGUGGGCGAGGAAAGAUGUUCGAUUCCUGUCUCCAUGGAUACACUUGGAGAUCCCUGUCCAAAUCUUACCAAAACCUUGGCCGUUGAAGCUCAUUGUCUAGGUUGAGUCAGUUGACUGCUUUUCAACUUAUGCUUUGUCUCAUUUUGUAGCUUUCAAGUUUCAACAACCAAGUUCUUGUGUGUCCCUUUGCACCAAUUGCGCUUCAAAAUUGUAUGUAUGUAUCAAAACAUCAUAUUCUGAGGAUGUAUGUAUUCAAUUGGUGGUGCAUUUUGUCAUGAUACUAUAACUACGAACGAUAUUGUAUGAUCGCUUCCUAUA